CAUCCAUAUCCAAAACAAGCCCUCACAUCCUUUGAAAUCAAAUUCUUACUUUCUUCUCUCUUUCCUUUUGUGUACUCCAUCAAUUUUCUCAGCAAUAUUAUAUAUCCAGAUAUCCAUGGCCAUUCGUUUGCUCAGUAUUAUGCAUGCUAAGCACAUUUUGCGACGAUCAAACUCAUUUGGAAAGCAAGUAGCUUCAACAUCCAUAGAUGUUCCAAAAGGCUACAUUGCAAUAUAUGUUGGAGAGAGUGAAAGGAGGCGCUUUGUAAUUCCUAUAUCAUUUUUGAACCAGCCUUCAUUUCAAGAAUUGUUAAGUAAAGCUGAGGAAGAAUUUGGAUUUGAUCAUCCAAUGGGUGGUCUAACAAUUCCCUGCAGCGAAGACAUCUUCAUCAAUCUCACUUCUCGCUUAUAUGAAUUGUGAGACGGUUCGACUUAGCUAAAAUAGCAGAAACAAUUUUGUUAAUCAAUGUAAAUUUUUUCUUUCUUUGAGUCCGAAGAAGUGAUGGCAAUUAUCCAUCCACAAAAAAUAUUACUAAUAGAAUUAUUGUAAUUCCUCCAACA